AUUUCUUUUAAUAUUCUUUAUUAUUUAGUUCAAACAAUUUUCUUAUUCCUUUUGUCAUUGGUAUUAUUAUUCUGCUUAUGACUAGACGAUGUGUUAUACGUAGAAAUGAAUUCACAUUAGUCGUUUUGUAAAAUUUAAAAAUCUAUAAUUGAACUUAAGUGUAGAAUCGCUGACGUUAGUGACGUUAUUCGCGGAUUCGUGGUUCGCUAGAACACUUCUUGUGACACGUAAUGUUGAAGAUUAUUACUCUCGUGUUGUUUUCUAUAAUUGUUUAUAGCUAAAGUUUACAGGUUAUAUGUGUUGGUUUGAUAAAAACGACGUAGCAACUGCGAAUUGCAUCAGUGUAUACAAGAAUAUUUCAAUCCAAUUGAUAAGUGAACCAAGUACUUAAGAUUAAACAUAACGUUUCCUGUUUCAACAUACGAAAUGUUCUUAUAUAGACAAGCUAACGUCACAGCAUGAUUAAGUUUCAUCCUAAGUUAUUAUUAGAUCAAUUAAAAAUCAGUGAUUCAAACAGUGAUCAAUAUUGAGUAAUAUUCUAUUUCAGACCUAUUCACAAUGGUGUUACUUUACUUUUAUUACCUCAAUAUAAAUAUGUAGAAAAUUUAUGUUAGCACAAUCAACAAAUAUGUUUUAUUAAAAAAUUUGUUGAUAGAUGUAUACUUAGUUAUAAAAAAAUAAAAGUACAUUUAUAAACAUGUAUAGCACAGCAUAAUGACAGAAAUGCAAAAUCCAUUCUCACAGCAGUUUGUUGAAGAAAUCAAUUACAAUGAAAUUCAGAUAGAAGAAAUUGUUGGUAAAGGAUCGUUUGGAGUGGUAUGGAAAGGUUUAUGGAAAGGCAAACCAGUGGCAGUGAAACAUAUACAUUCAGAUGAUGAGAGAAAAGCAUUUGCUACAGAAGUACGUCAAUUGUCUAGGAUAAACCACCCUAAUAUUGUCAAACUUUAUGGAGCUUGUACUAAGAAUCCUGUUUGCCUUAUUAUGGAGUAUGCAGAAGGUGGUUCUCUGUACAAUGUAUUGCACUCUAAUUUACAAACACAAUAUACAACUGGCCAUGCCAUAAGCUGGGCACUUCAGUGUGCCAAAGGAGUAGCAUACUUACAUAGCAUCAGUGUUGUUCACCGAGAUUUAAAACCACCUAAUCUAUUGUUGAUUUUUGGAGGUCAAAUGUUGAAAAUUUGUGAUUUUGGUACCGCAUGUGAUCUGAAUACUUAUAUGACAAAUAACAAAGGUUCUGCAGCAUGGAUGGCUCCUGAAGUAUUUGAAGGAAAUGCUUAUACAGAAAAAUGUGAUAUAUUCAGUUGGGGAAUUAUACUCUGGGAAAUACUAUCAAGAAAGAAGCCUUUCGAUGACAUUGGAGGAUCAGCUUUUAGGAUUAUGUGGGCAGUUCAUGGAGGACAAAGACCUCCUCUCUUUCAGACCUGUCCACAAUUAAUAGAAGAUCUGAUACUAAGGUGUUGGAAUCGAGUUCCUAAUCUACGACCUUCAAUGGAGAACAUUGUAAAAAUUAUGACAUAUUUGUUAGAGUUUUUUAGUGAACACUCUCAGCCGAUUAAAUAUUCCUUUGAUUAUAGUACUGACAGUGAAAAUUGUGAUAUUAAUAAUUAUGAAGAUAGCUCAUCUGCAUCUGAAAUUACAUGUUCGAGUGUCUCAAAAUAUUCACAAUCUAAUAUGUACACAAACAACAUUAGUAAUCCCUGUAAAGAUGAUUCAUAUAAGACAAUGCGAGACAUUUCGAACGUUGCUUUAAAUAGCAUUGCAAAAGACUGGUCAGAUCCAAAAGUUUGGCCUUCAUGUAUGGAAUCAGACCAGAGUAAUUAUGAAUACCAAACACAUUUAAGGCUUUCUCAAAGCAUUAAUGAUUUAGCCCCUGUCCAUAAUAAUCUUAAUGAAACAAAAAGUCUUAUUAAUAGCUUGGGCACAUCAAACUCAGACAAUUUUACUGAUUCAAUUGAUAAUACUUUGAUACCUGUCAAACCUGAUUAUCAUUGUUCUACAUCAUUAAAAAUCUUUGAAGAACACAAUUUGUUGAUAAAAGAAUAUCUUGCAAUGCAGCACAAAAAGAAAAUUUUACUUCAGCAUAGGGAGCAAUUAUUCACCAACUCUAAAGCAAAGAGUAGCAUUAAUAAGAGGAAGAUUCAAAAGUUACGAGAUGAAAAAGUUGCGCUAGUCACACUGUAUAGAAAUCUAAAAAAACAAUUGGAAUUGAUAACGAUUCAACCAGCUUUUGUUACUAAUAAAGAUGGCUGGGUUCUGAUAACAAAGAAACAUAAUUCUUUUUCAUAGAGAUUUUCAUAGACUAGGAUACUCAUGAUUUUGUAAUCGCGAACAUUUAAAUUAGGUACUAAUGUUUUAAGCAGAAAAUCAAAUUAAUCACUAUUGUAAAUAAUUAAUACAACUUGAAACGAUAUUUAAAUUUGAAAUAAUUUCUUUUGUUAAAACGUAAUAAAUUCAAUAGUAACCAGUAGACUAUUAAUUACUUUUCUGAUAAUAGAAUUCACGCUUAAAAUCAUGUUUUUAUUUAUCUAUUAUUACUAAUGUAAUAUACCUUUUUGACAAAACGAAUACGACACAUACGCUGUGUCUAUUCAUCUGUUUUAAAUUUAAAUUAUUAGAGAUUCGUUUACAAAGUGUGGAGUGUAUAUUUGUAUUACACAUAAUAUACAAUGUAAAUUAUCACUCCGAUUUUCAAUCAAAUAAUAUUUUAGUAAAUCGUGCUAGAUUUUUAGUGUUAAUAAAAUGUUAACUAAUGCUGUUCUACUCAAGUUUUCAAAUGUACAUAAUGUUUGUAAAUACGGAGUUAAGAUGAUGGCGACAUUGAAUAAAAUUUUA